AUCAUUUUUUUAAUCAUGAACUGUGCUGAUUACUUCACCAGUGGUGAUCGACCAUUUUUAAUUACUGGAUCUGAUGAUCAGACUGCAAAGGUUUGGGAUUACCAAACCAAGAGCUGUGUUCAAACACUUGAAGGACAUGCACACAAUGUGUCCGUUGUCUGUUUCCAUCCAGAACUACCUACUAUAAUUACUGGCUCAGAGGAUGGCACAGUUCGCUUGUGGUACUCUACAACCUACAGGAAACGCUCGGCAAGCCACACCACCUACGAUGUGGUGAUCCCCCUCCCAUCGAGAACUGCCAUGUAGUUUUCUCUGCCAAGGUUGUUGUCUGUGUCGGUCUACUACGUGGUGCAUUGCCUUCAGUGGAGUGUGGCAUAUGCUUUUGGUUUCUUGUAUUGUUUCUGGUAGAACCUAGGACCGUUGUUCUGGAUGCUCAUUUUGUGUUACAGUGGCUACCAAGCAAACCAAUUGCAUGGCAGAUACGAUCUCUAGAAAAUGGUAGUUGUCACUCGACUUAUGGAUGUGCUGUCAGGAAGGUGCAUUCCUAUGUAAAAUGUGGCUUCUA